AUGGCAAUCAUUACAGAGAAUGCAAGUUUCAAAACCAGAAGGUCAGGUUUUAAUCUUCAAAUCCAAUAUGAUAUUGGAGAUGUUAUCGGACAAAGCUCUGAGAUUUCUGAAACUAGAUUAUGUCAAAAGAAGCAAGGACAAAAGGAAACAAGGAUUCUCAAGAUUAUUAAGAGAUAACCAGCAAUGGACUUGAAAAGACUCAACAAAAUACUGAGCGAUAUACUCAACCAGAGUCACCCAGGACUUCUUAAAACUGAAGAUAUAUUCUAUGAUGAUACAAAUCUCUACAUUGUGCAGCAAUAAGCAGUGCAAGGGGAUCUAUUCAAAGUCCUUGAAGCUAAACCAACCUUCAUUGAGGCUGAUGUUGUUGAGAUUCUUCAUUAAUUACUUGGAAUCCUAUCCUACAAGCAUGAUAGUAAUGUCGCUAUUAAGAAUAUGAAACCUUCAAAUAUUUUAUUCCACACUGGUAUGAAAGAGGGUGAAAAGAUUCACAUCUCUUUGGCAGAUGUUGGCCUAGCUGAUAUCAAUAGAAGCGGAGAUCCAUACUUCACAGAUUAUAAGUAGCAUAUGUCCCCAGAGUUAGUAUAUGGCUAAUUAGAUCAAUUGGGAUGUAAAACAGAUAUUUGGUCUUUAGGAACUAUUUUGUAUUUUAUGAUUACUCUAAGAACUGUAAAUAUCUACAAUGGCCUAAACAAGGAAAGUCAGAAUUUGUUUAAGGCUGUAGAUGAAAACUUCGGUUUUGAGGAGCAUAACUGGAACAAUAUUAGUGAUGAAUUGAAGGAUUUAAUUAAGAGUUGCUUGAGAGUCCAGGCUGACUAAAGACCAAGUGCCUAGGAUUUGCUUAAGAAUCCUAUUUUCACUUAAAAGAAUGUGGCUAAAGAGGGACUUUUAAAUCAAGGUGAAAAUGCAGACCUGCUUAAAGACAUUCAUGAAGAACUUACUAAGUAUAAGAAUGCAAAUUAACUCAAGCAAAUUGUAUUGAGAUUCGUUUCACAGCAAGAUACAUAGUAUAGCAAUGAGGAUAAAACUAGAGAACUAUUCUCAAUUUUGGAAGCAGAAAAUAAGGGUUUUAUCAGAAAGAGGAACCUAGUUGAUAUGCUUUCAUCACAAUAUGGAGUAGUUGCUGCAACAAAGAUAGUCGAUGCAGUAGAUGGAGACAAGGAUGGAAAAAUCUCUUAUGAUGAAUUCAGAGCUGCAAUGGACAAAGAUGGGAAAUUGUCAAAUUAGGAAUUAAUGGAUGGGCUGAUUCUAGGUUCUGAAAUCUUUACUAGAUAUAAGAAUGAAUUUUAGGCUAUGGCCAGUGAGGUUCUCUAGAAGUUCGAUGAUAAUAAAGACGGGGAACUAGAUAAAAAGGAAUUUAGGAAUUAUAUAAUGGAUCAUUUCCAAGCAAAGACUAAGUGA